AUGACGGCGGAGAAAGGCCCCAGUAUUACGCUCCGUCUGCAGCGGCUCUACGAGUCCGUGACGGCGGCGAUAGAAGAAGAUGCCAGAGCUGAUUUUCAGCACGCAACUCCAUCAUCAACGUUGAUGAUGGACGUUGCGCAGGACUACAGCAGCAUCCUGGGCGAUGCCGCCUCACUGGCGGUCGUGCCCGAUUCCUCUGUGGUGAUCUACGAAGCCCUUCGUGUGGCCUCCUGCUUGUUAGCGUUUGAGAGCCACGGUGUUCGCGGCACGUCCGCCGCCACGGAGACGGUGGCGGCGUUCAUUGCGUACGCUUUGGAAGGCAUAGAGCGUUUGGUCACGCUACUUCCCAGCAACGAAGAUCUGCCGCUGCCGAAGCCGUCGCGGGAGAAAUUAAUCGCAGUGGUGUGUCUGCUGCUGUACCCCGCCGCGCAGCAGCAGUCCGAGCCCGACCGCGCUGCGUCAUCCAACUCACAUCCUUCAAGUGGCGGCGAUGCGGUUGCAGGCGUCUCACGACCCCAGCAUGCAUGGAGGGAUCGCCGGCUUUUGUGUGCUCGCCUGCUAACUGAGUGCGGGUUGCCUCGUUGCAGGGACAUGGAGGAGCUUCUUUCGUCGUCCUGCGUCUACGGCAGUUUGCUGCAGCAGUUUCUUCUUCAGACACUACAAAGAGAGUUUACCAUGAUGCGACGCCACGCGAGCGGUUUACUGACCGCUUUAAACGGCAUCACCGAUGAGUUUGCAGACGAAGCAGGCACUAGCGGCAGCGGCGGCUGUGACGAAAAACGUUUUUAUUAUUACGCCAUUCUCUCCGCGUCGUCGGGCGGCGUUCCCACGCGACCCGCAAGAAGUGGCUCAACGGCUUCCAGCUUUUCCACCGGGUGCAACACGCCUCGCUCCCGCCAUACCAGCGAUGACUCCGCCUGGCAGCUGCGGGGCGGUAAGCGGCGGAGCAGCACAACGCAGCGGCUUGUGUGUCAAGGGAGCGCCGCAGUGCUGUGGUCACUUGCUGCCUUGGCCUCCCUCGGUGCCGGGGAGGCGCGCCACGAAGAGGCGGCACCGCAGGAGCUCUACGACCAAACUUCGGACUUUGUCGACUUCGUUGGGGAUCUCGUUAGCGUCUGCGCCGUCGUCGUCCGUCCAUUUCUUACGGAGCAGUUGGAGUUGAUGCGGCAGCUACGGCAGGACACGUUCCACGCGUCUCUGCACUCACAGGCUCUGCGAGGACUUCUUCUCUGCAUUAAUGAGGACGUCGCGCGAUACUGCCAAUGGAAGGCGGUGGUGGAGCAAUUCCUCUCCCGCUGGGACCCUGCGUUUGCUCGCGCGUCGCCUCCACGCACGGCGGCGAAUGGCGCCCCGUUGGUCUCACCGCGAGGGGCGCAAGAGUCAAGAGAGAAGAGGCAGGCGGAGCAGGUUCUUCUGCAGGGCAAUCUGGUCCUGGGAACGGGGCUGGAGAAUAAUACAGAGCCCCGGUGGGAGCCUGUGGUGCCCGCGCUGGCGGCACACCUUGCACUGCCGAUUCCGGACGAUAGUGAGCUGGCAGUGCCGGAAGUUGUUUCGCUCUUCACGGAGGUGAAGCACUUUCGCGAGGGAGAACGGGAGGCGCUGUGGACCCACUGGACGCGUCUGCGCAGAAAUACCAUGACACUAGCUGCUGAGGUUGCCCGCAUGCAGCACCGCCUCAACUUUCUUCUGGAGUCCAAGGUGAUGCUUUCCUCACUCAGCGCUGCCCCCAGGCAAGCCUUCGAGUGUGAGUGGGAGAAACGGAUCUCUCAGCGAUUGCGGGACUUGCAGCAGGCGCUGCGCCGAGCUCAGCAGCGGCAGGGCGAACAGCCACAACGGGGGUCACAGACGUCUCAAGUCCAUCAGUGA